CGCAGGCAGAUGCAGCCGCCAAGCAGCCAAUUGCCGGGCUUUGGCUUUGCUGGGCAACUCAACUCUCCUUCCUUCCUUUCUCUCCUCCUCUUCUCUCCUCUCCUCGCGCAACCUCACCUCACCCUCACUAAACCUCCAUCCUCAGAUUCCUCUUCUACCAUCUCCCUCUCCGUGCUCUCUCCUCUUUGCUUCUUCCAUCUAUCCACUUGCUAAGUUCUUUGUGCCAGUUGUUCCUCUUCUUCCUUUAUUAUUUAGUUCAAACCGUUGGCUUUAGCUCGCUAAGGCUCUCCGUUCCCCCAGCUACAUACAUCAGCCUCAUCUACAGCUUCCCCCAGCUUUUUGAACUCUCAUCAUCAACCACUCCUCAAAGCUUUAUCCAUCUCCAUAUGCCGUAAAUCAUGGCUGCUCCGUUCCAACCCCCCCAGACGGCUCCUGUUGGCCCGGAAACUCUGAUUUCCAUCAAAGUCCUCUUCAAGGGCUACACGAGACGUUUCAAGCUACCCUUGCGAGAGCUUGGUGCUUCCUCCUUGCCACAGAAGGUUCGCCAACUGCUAACUAUCCCUGACGAUGCCAACGUCACCCUCGAACGUUAUUCGGAUAGUGCUGGCUCCUACGUAGUCCUUGACAGCGAGAAUAUUUCUGUAUACAAGCAGCUGUAUCGUGCAGCUAAAGCUAAAUUGAAGCUUCGAAUUAAGGUCACUCUGGCUCCAGAGCCAGCGCCUGAACCUGACCAUCAACCCUUAUCUGUGCCUCCCCAGAGCACAGAUGCCCAGCAAGAACAACCCCAGCAGCGAUGCAGCUACCUCGAAACCGUUCUUCGUGUCCCGACCGAUGGGUUCGUCAACCAAAAUGAUUAUCCUGCUUCUGGAGCUUCUCCACCCCCUCCCUUAAACCCUGCCAUGUUCCCGAGCGUUCCAGACGAUAGCCCAGCUGGGGUCGACAACCAGAUACCUCCCCAGGCAGAACCCCAACGAGAUACGGACCUCGUGCAAUCAGAUCCCGUGUCCACAGCCGGAGAUAUGUGUGCUGCUGGUCCCAAUCUCAAUCAGUUGUCGCCCAUUUGCAUCGACUGCAAUCACUGUGGCGAACGUGUGCCUGAUGCCCACUAUCAUUGCAGUAUCUGUGAUGAUGGGGAUUAUGAUCUAUGCCAGAAAUGCAUCGAUGCAGGUGUCCUCUGCCCAGGGGAGGGGCAUUGGUUAAUCAAACGGACCGUCAACGACGGAAGAAUUAAUUAUAGCGUUACCGAGACUAUUGCCCCGCGAAAGUACCACGAGCCAGAACCUCAAGAGGAGCUCAACAAUACGGAAAAACACAUCACUUCUAUGGAGGUUGACGAGAUGAGGGUUAGAGCGCGGACCUGCAAUGCAUGCUUCAGAGACUUCAAUGAGAAAGAACUUGUUACCUGCCAGGAUUGCCCAGACUAUGACCUCUGCUUCACUUGUCUUCUUGAGGACAGGCAUGGUCACCAUCCUGGACAUUCCUUCUCCCUUAUUGUAGAUGGCGAGUUCCAGUCGAAGGGCCUCGUCAUGUCGACCUGCCAGCCUGGGCGUGGUCGUUACCACGCUGCAAUCUGCGAUGGAUGCAACAAGUCUAUCAAAGGCGUCCGCCAUAAGUGUCUUAAUUGUCCGGACUGGGAUUAUUGUUCAAAGUGUAUCAUGAAUGCUCCGGAAUUCCACCCUGGUCACCGCUUUGCUCCACUCUAUACACCGAUUCCCGAGCCACACGAUUACCGCCCAACUCACUACGGCGUUAUCUGUGAUGGUCCUCUUUGCUCUGUGUCUUCUAAGCCUGUUUAUAUCAGAGGAAUCCGCUAUAAGUGUGCCGUUUGCCAUGACAUAGAUUUCUGUGGAAAUUGUGAAGCCCAUCCUGACAAUACUCACAACCGCACACAUCCUUUGAUUAAGUUCAAGACGCCUGUUCGCAAUGCAACUGUCACUACCUUCAAUAACACCGGCGGUGGUAGGGAGAGUGCUGUUACUCUCGGUGAUCAACCAGUUACGAAAUCCACUUCAACUGAGACUGUUGCACCUUCGAAAUCGAAUGCUGCAACUCAGGUUCAGACAGAGAAGGCAGACACGGACGCUGCCAGUGUGGCUGACAGUGACGCUGCCAGUGAGGCAGAUUCCACCACUGCACAGCCAAGCGUUAAAGAUGAUGCUAUGACCAGCAGAGCAGAACUAAGCUCCACGCCUUCUGAACUUCGCGCUCUCUUCGUUCGAGACACCAUUCCUGAUGGGUCGCGUCUUGCUCCCAACAAGACCAUUACUCAAACAUGGACCCUGUACAAUCCUGGGCCUGCCCCCUGGCCAAAGGGAUGCAGCGUUCGCUUUGUUGGAGGGGAUAGCAUGUUCAACGUCGACACCAAUCAUCCAUCCAGUCUCAGCAACCUUGUGUCUGCGAUGGAAUCGCAAGAGCUUACGAUACACACUCCCGCAGGUGCCUUUGCUGACUUUACUAUCGAACUAAAGACGCCUCGGCGUGAGGGCCGGGCCAUUUCAUACUGGCGUCUCAAGACACCUGAUGGACGUGCUUUUGGGCACAAGCUAUGGUGUGAUAUCGACGUCCGAGCCUCUGCCGAGGAGAUGGAGACUCUUCCAGAGCAGACUGCAGAUAAUAAACAGUCCUCCGUCGAAACAGAGAAAUCAAGUGUCGAAUCGCGCACCGAAGCCGGAGAUGCUGAGGUUUCCCAGGGGGAGUCUCAGUCUGAGAGUGCAAUGAUAUUCCCCAAACUGGAGACAGAAUCCCCUUCAGCGAGUAUCGAAAAGUCCGUUUCUCCUAAAGUUCCCGCAGCCAACGAACUUGAAGUGAAUCAUGAUCUGGCAGAUGAUGUUGAGAGCCUCACGCUUGAUGGCAACUCGACUGAGGACGACUUCCUGACUGAUGAAGAAUAUGAUAUACUUGAUGCCAGCGAUCAGGAGUUUUCUCCCGAAGCUCAGAGGGCGGACAGGACAUGAAGUUUCCCCGUGAUGCCGGGUUACUUUUUGAAUAUUUUACAUGCGUACUUCGCCUGAUGCUUCUCCUCUCUAACAUUUUUCUCUUCCUUUCCAUUUCGUUUCCCAUUUCAAUUUUUUACGAUAUGAAAAAGCAGAAAAACUUAAAACUAAGCCAGGUGGAUCUUAAUGCAAUUUUUUCCUCUCGUCCCUCACGCUUUCCUUCCUCAAUUUCUCUGCAGUUUAUGGCAGUUUGUUUUUUUUUUUUUUUUUUUC